CCUUAUCUUGGGGCCUCACGGUGACUAUAAGCAGGGAGGCCUUAGGUGGCAUCAGUCCUUUCUCACUCUCAUCAACUUCAGAACAGAAUGAAACUCCUUGUGUUGGCUGCUCUGCUCACAGUUGUCACCGCCGAGGGCGACAUCAGCCCGCGGGCAGUGUGGCAGUUCCGCAAGAUGAUUAAGUGCAUGAUUCCUAGAAGCAACCCCUUGAAAGAUUACAACAACUACGGCUGCUACUGUGGCUUGGGAGGAUCCGGUACCCCCGUGGAUGAGCUGGACGCGUGCUGCCAGAAACACGACCGCUGCUACGACCAAGCCAAGAAGCUGGACAGCUGCAAAUUCCUCCUGGACAAUCCGUACACCAAAACAUACUCAUACUCGUGCUCUGGCUCCAACAUCACCUGCAGCAGCAAAAACAAACCAUGCCAGGCCUUCAUCUGCAACUGUGACCGCAAUGCUGCCAUCUGCUUUUCAAAGGCCCCAUACAACAAGGAGCACAAGAACCUGGACACCAAGAAGUACUGUUAAGACUUAGUGUUGCCUCUGUAAAGCAUCAUCCCUUUGGCAUUCACCUUACUUACACUGUACUUACUUACACUUAUACUUUACACUCCAGUAAAGCACCUUGUUGCAAGGCCUCACGUUUGGAG